AUGUCAGGUCAAAUAGCUUCAUGGAAAAUUCGUAUAGCUCUUGAAGAAAAAAAAUUACAAGGUUAUAAAAGCAUUAUGAUUAUUCAACCAGAUCAAAUUGAUAAAAAUGAUAGUUUCUGGAAGAAUAAUGAAUAUGGAAUUGUACCAUCACUAAGAAUACAAGAUAUUACAUUGAAUGGUGUUUUACCAAUACUCUUAUUCCUUGAAACUUCAAUACCAUCAUUAUUACCUGAAUCUUCAUUAGAAUUAAAAGGUCAAGUACUCGAACGUGCAUUUGAAAGUUUAGAGUUUCAACGUGUAUGUUCUGAAGAUCUUAUUAGUUAUUUCUUAUCUUUUGAUAAUUUUCAUACAUCAUUUAUCGAUAAAGAUCUACGAGAAAAACGUGAAAAAAAAUUAUUUUCUGAAUUAAGUCGUUGGAAUGAUUAUAUUACACAAACAGAUCCAAUGAAUUGUAUUGUUCAUACAUCAUUCACUCUAGCUGAUGUAUUAUUUUUUCCAGAACUAGCUUUAGCUGUACAAUUUGGUUUAUCACUUGAUUGUUUUUCUUGUCUUAGUAUCUAUUAUGAAACACUUUCAAAACGUCCGUCUAUACGUAAAACAUGGCCUUAUCAUUGGCUUCACACUAAUAUUAAAUAUGACUGGCUUUCAAAUGUCAAUCGAUUUGCUAUGCUUAAUAUAAAACAACAAAAAUUGACUGAAUCAACAUUACAUCAAUCUAUUGAUGAAGAUAGAAAUGAAAAUACGGAAUUAUUAAGCCGUCUGAUUUUUGGAGAAAAACGAAAACCAAAUCCAUCACCAGCACGUCAUCAAUCAUCAACACGAAAUAGUGCAAAUGUACCUGAGCCGACAUCGCCUGGUGAUGCUACGGCAAAUAAAACUCCACUUAAUAUACAAGAUUGGGCUGUUUGGCGAAUGCAAUUGAAUGAACAAAUGGGAAGUGCAAUAGGUGAUCAACGUUCUGAGGUUAAACAUAUGCGACAUUUUCUUCAAUCAAAUUCAUUUUAUCAACAACAUAGUCGAGAUCCAUCGAGUGGUCGAUAUAAUGGUGUUCACUUACUUUUUUCUAUUCCUCGUGCUAAUAUUAAACCUGAAUUUUUGGAUGAAUCACGAGGAGAAAUCACUAAAAGUAAUAACAAUGAAGUAGAAGACGUGGUAGACUAUGAAGAAAAAAAAGUUCGAUCGAAUAGUGAUGAUCGAACAACAACAAGUGUUAAUUCAAUAUCUGCUGUACAACCAAUGGUCAUUGAUAAAACGAUUGGUCAAUUGCUUCCUAAAGCAUCAGUUGGAAAUACAAGUGGUUUUCUUCAAACAAAUGAACCAAUGAUAGCAGUUGAUGGAAUACAUCCUCGUCGAUCAAUUCGAAGAUCUUUCAUAGCAACAGAUCGAAUUCAUGCAACAUUACAAAAAGCCGUUAAAGACGGCAAUGUCCUCGAAAAAAUUAAAGCAUUCGAAAUGCAAGCAGCUGCAGCACAAGCUGUAUCCGGAAGCAAAUUAGGUGGUAUGAAUUAUCGAAUACAACAUGUAACGUCAUCUUUCCAACCAACUACUCAUCAUAGAUCAAGUCCAGCUAUUGUUCAUCCUAUGCAACAUGCAAUAUCUCCAAUACCAAUACAACAUCAAAAACAACAAACUAAUCGUUCCGGUCGUGGUCGUUUUGUUCAUUCAGUUCAACAACAACCUGAUGAUAAUCAUGAGUCUAUUCCUGGUCAUAAAUCGCGAAAAGGAGCACAUGUUCUUGAACCAGCUCAUGGUGAUAUUAUUCUUAAACGACGAACACCAUCACAAACAGGUGCUAAUGAUGAAGAUUAUUCAAUAACAGCAAUUAGUUCUAUGCCAUUGCCAGCUCCUCAAAGCCACCAUCGUAAUAAUAAUCAUCAUCAUCAUUAUCAUCAUCGAACAAGUGCAUCUCGUUCUCGACAACGUCAAGAAGCUAUCUAUGAUAAACGUGCAGCAAGUAAAAAUGAAAAUAGUUCUCAUAAAAAUCAUCAAAAAACAAAAGGAACAACAACAUCAUCAGGUAAAUUAUCCACACGUCGUCGUUGGCUUAAAGGACGAAAAGAAGGACCUGCAGAAGCAUCUAAUCAAGGCGAUAAACAACAAUCAACAAUUACUAAAUCAAAUAAAAUUAAUACAAAUAAGAAGAAAAAUAUGGAACAAGAAAAAAUUAAUUCAAAGAAAACAUCAACAAAUAAUAAUAAAGAAAAAUUGUUAUCGGAUAAUAAUCGUGUUUAUGGUGUACCAAAUACAAAUAUUAUUGAACAAACAAAAAUUGAAUCACCACCAUUACAAACAUCAAUUAAACAUGAAGAAAAAAAUGAAUCAGAUUCAAAAAAAGAUACAAUUAAUAAUACAAAUACUUUUAUUUCAUUAAAACAAGAUAAUAUAAAUCAAAUUAAAGAAUGCGAUACAAUUAUACCAAUGACAAUUCAACGAAAACCAAGUAAAAAAUAUCAUCAACAAAAAUUAUCUGGUUUAGAUGAAGGAAUUUUAAACCAAGUCGAUGACGAUAAUCGAUUUAACCAUCCUGCUACUGAUGAUUAUGUUCAUCGUUCAGAGCUAAAUGAUGAUGAUAAUAACGAUGAUGAUAAAAGUGAAGGCGAUGUUUUUAUUGAAGAAACACCUAUUAAACCUACACCAAAUAUAAUUCGUCAUCAAUCAGUUCUCAAUCUUCCAAAUAAUGAAUCACGUCGUUUUCAACAACAAUCGUCAUAUGCUAUUCGACGUCAUGCAAGUCAAUGUUCAUCUAAUGAAUAUACAUAUGAUCGACAUUAUCAACAAUCUAGAGAAAAUUCUCAAAUAAUUAUUACAAAUACUCUCAAGAAAAAACCACCACCAAUAACAUUGAUCACUCGUAAAAAUAAAUUAAAUCAAGAUGAACAAUUUGUUUAUGAAGCACCUCAUUCCGAUCAAACACAAGUACCUAUGUGUAAUAGUCAUACAACAAAGAAAAAACGUCCAUUUCAUACAAUUAAUGUUACAGGAACUACUAAUAGUAAUAAUGGACAAAAUAAUAAUAAUAAACAAAUUAGUAAACAAAUUCUUCAUGCAAUUAUGAAUUCAAUGAAUAAUAAUCAAGAACAAACAACAAUAGGACCACCAAUAACAUUAUCAUCAUCAGUAAAUGAUGAAUUUUUUGAAAAUGGACCUCUUACAAAUCCAGAAGAAACGAUGGCAACUAUAUCAACUUUAAUUUCGAAAUAA